AUGCGUGGGUCGAUAUCUCACAGUGCAGCGUCCUGUAGGAGGAACGGUCAAAUGGAAGUCUGCUCCACUCCUAAUAUAUUGCAAACGAGCAUUUCUGGUACUGAAGUACUCUUCAAGGACACCGUGGCUCUAAGAACUUCGGGUCGGAGUAGUCACGUCGAAUUCAAUAGGACCGUCGGACGAGAUACCAAGUGUGCAUAUUCCGAGUCCAUCAGUCGACAUUCCUUAUCGCGCCUAUCAAGGACCUGGCUGAGGUAUAUCCUCCGUCGACAUUACGUUCCAAGCAUCCUGACGUCUCGAAAGCUUGCGCAUAGUCACCACAUUCCACUCGUAGUCGAUAAUACUCUUGGCAUGAGGUAUCUCUUUCGUCCCAUUGAUUACGGUGCAGAUAUAAUCGUACAGAGUGCGACGAAAUGGAUAGGCGGUCAUGGAAUGUCAAUUGCGGACACCGCCAUAACAAUGUAUCCACAGGGCAUCUUCUGCCAAAGCUCGUUCAGUAUGUCUUGGUCCCUCGAUCCUUUCUUCUGCUGCAAAGGUGCCGAGACUCUGAGUUUACGGGCUGAGCGUCAAUGCGAAAAUGCCAUACAGCUCGCAAACUUCCCGGAUGCUCAUCCCAAGAUUGGCUGGGUAUUAUACUUGGGGCUGGAAUCACAUGUCACUCAUCUUCGAGCGAAAUCUAUGGGAGGUGCCGAAGCAUCCAAAAUAAUCCAAAAUAAUCCAAGACUAGCCAGCCACUUGGCAAAUAUCGGGGAUGCAAAGACGCUUGUGAUUCAACCGGCAGCCACUACACAUCUAGUGUCCGUCGGCAUCGAAGCCAUCAUCGCAGAUUUUGAGGGAGCAUUAAAGAUUUUGUGA